CCCAAUUCAGCUGUUAAUCAUCGUUUCAUUGUACAUCUCACAAUUUCAUCAACUAAUUUUUGUUCAAAAGAAAUCAUCACUACAACAAUAUGGCACUAAAACUGUACGGAACCGUCGCUUCAGACACCACACAACGUGUUCAAGCUUGUCUCUACGAGAAAGAAGUCCAUUUUGAGUUCAUCACAGUCAACACAGCCGCCGGAGAACACAAAACGCCUCGUUUCCUCGCACGGAACCCGUUUGGUGAACUUCCAGCCUUAGAAGACGGUGACGUCACACUUUUCGAAUCAAGAGCAAUCACACAGUACAUAGCAAACAAAUACGACGGUAAAGGAACGGAUCUGAUAAUGAAGGAUCCGAUUAAGCUGGCGAUACAAACAGUCUGGAUGGAUACGGAGAAUCAGAGAUUUGAUCAACCGUUCUCGAAGCUAAUUGAAGCUGCUAUAGAGGGGAAUGAAGGCGGUAAUAAAGAUGUGCGCGAGUACCAAAGGAAGCUGGAGAGUGUGCUUGAUGUGUACGAACAACGGCUCAAGGAGAGCAAGUAUUUGGGCGGAGAUAGCUUCACACUGGCGGAUCUACACCACCUACCCGGGAUGCAUUACUUACGAUCCACCAAGGCCAAGGGAUGGUUUCAGGGGCGGCCACACGUGCGCGCUUGGGCCGCUGAUAUUCUUUCCAGGCCUGCUUGGGUCAAGGUUGCUGCUAUGUCUCCUUGGUGAAUUGUGCUUAAUUGUUGUAAUUUAUCCUUAAAGAAUCAGCCGGUUUUAUAUUAGUUACGGAUGAUAAACGUAUCAGGUUGUUAGGUUUGGGUCGACGAGUUUAAAUGGAUGAACCUUGAACACGACAUAUAUAUUUAUCCUUGUGAAAAACAUCAAUCAUAACUCGAACACAAUUAAAGUCA